AGGGGAGACAGAACCCAAGAUUCCCAAGGGAGCUUCCAGGACUAGUCUGAAACUCCACAAGGCGACAGGGUGGAACUGGCCAGACUCUGGCAUCACACAGACCUGGAUUCGAAUUUAAUUUUGCCUCUGACCAACUGCUGAUUUUGAACCCUUCGUCUCUCUGGACCUCAGUUGUCCCCUCCGUGAAAUGGGGGCCCUACGGAGAGGAAGGGAGGGAAAAGUCCAGAAGAGGAGCUGACCUGAACUAGGGGCUUCCCCUCCAACCGCCGCGCCCCUUCCCCAGCCCCGGAGCGCAGCGGUGCCUCCCAGUCCCUCGUCCCUCCGCCGCAGGCUCCUCCUCCACUGACAUCAGAGCCGCAGGCGGGCGGAGGGAGCCAGCAGAGCCCGAGCCGAGCCUCAGCGAGGGAGCGAGCGGGCGGGCGGGCCAGGCGCGGAGCGGCGGCAGACAGCAGCCGGCAGCCAGAGCUCAGCUGCAGCCACUUCGGGCCUUCCAGCCAGCCCCGCGGCGGGGCAGCCGCAGGAGCCCUGGCUGUGGCCAGGGGGCAGUGGGCCAUGCCGGGGGCAGUGGACGGCCCCAGCUGGAAGCAGGUGGAGGACAUUAGGGACAUUUACGACUUCCGUGAUAUUCUGGGAACGGGGGCCUUCUCAGAGGUAAUCCUGGCAGAAGAUAAAAGAACUCACAAGCUGGUGGCCAUCAAAUGCAUCGCCAAGAAGGCUCUGGAGGGCAAGGAGGGCAGCAUGGAGAACGAGAUCGCUGUCCUGCACAAGAUCAAGCACCCCAACAUUGUAGCCCUGGAUGACAUCUAUGAGAGUGGGGGCCACCUCUACCUCAUCAUGCAGCUGGUGUCCGGUGGAGAACUGUUUGACCGCAUUGUGGAGAAAGGCUUCUACACGGAGCGGGAUGCCAGCCGCCUCAUCUUCCAGGUGCUGGACGCCGUCAAGUACCUGCACGACCUGGGCAUCGUACACCGAGAUCUCAAGCCAGAGAAUCUGCUGUACUACAGCCUGGAUGAAGACUCCAAGAUCAUGAUUUCUGACUUUGGCCUCUCCAAGAUGGAGGACCCUGGCAGUGUGCUCUCCACAGCUUGCGGGACCCCAGGAUAUGUGGCUCCUGAGGUCCUGGCCCAGAAACCCUACAGCAAGGCAGUGGAUUGCUGGUCCAUUGGGGUCAUUGCCUACAUUCUGCUCUGCGGUUAUCCCCCCUUCUAUGACGAGAAUGAUGCCAAACUCUUUGAACAGAUUUUGAAGGCCGAGUACGAAUUUGACUCUCCUUACUGGGACGACAUCUCUGACUCUGCCAAAGACUUCAUCCGGCACUUGAUGGAGAAGGAUCCAGAAAAGAGGUUCACCUGUGAGCAGGCCUUGCAGCACCCGUGGAUUGCAGGAGAUACGGCUCUAGAUAAGAAUAUUCACCAGUCGGUGAGCGAACAGAUCAAGAAGAACUUUGCCAAGAGCAAGUGGAAGCAAGCCUUCAAUGCCACGGCUGUGGUGCGGCAUAUGAGAAAGCUACAGCUGGGCACCAGCCAGGAGGGACAGGGACCAACGGCGAGCCAUGGGGAGCUGCUGACACCAGCAGCUGGGGGGCCGGCGUCUGGCUGCUGCUGUCGAGAUGGCUGUGUGGAGCCGGGCUCAGAAAUGUCUCCUACUCUGCCCCCCCAGCUCUAGGGCCCCAGAUCCAGGGUCCAGAUCCUUUGUGUGGGAGGGGUUGGGGCAGCCUGCUCCCCUUCCCUCCCUGAAUUGGAGUUACCCAGCCCCACUGCCUUCCCACCCCUUUCCCUAUCACUCCUCCACUGCAUUUUCCAUACAAAUGUUUCUAUUUUAUUGUUC